AUGAGUGGCCGACAACCCGCGGGACCAUGGCAGCCGGUAGCGGAUCUGAUCAGACGGUUGGGGCUGAUCGACGAAGGCGACGUACCGCAGACUGCAGCGCAGGUGGCGAUUUACCGCCGAGGUUGGGAGGACAGGGCGGCGAGCAUCCAGAGGACACUCCAGCAACCUCCACAGCCGUCCACCCGCCGACCACAACCAACUCCACCACCAGCCCAGUCACAGAGGCCGAGCCCUCGACACUCGCCGGCAAGACGGCCGCAAAACCAGGCGGUCGCUAGCACGACGGAAGCGCAGCAGGCGAGGAACCAGAAGAAGUUCCAACAGCUAAAGGAGAAGAGGAGGGGAAGGGAGCGAUCGGCAAGCCAGCAACACCGGCUAGCCAAGCAACCUGCGCCUACCUCGGAUCCGGAGGCCGCCUGCAGCAGCACGUCGAUACCGGCACCGGUGGAAACGAUGGAGGUGGACGAACCAGCGGCCAAGAGUGCAAAACUUGAGGAGCCGGUACCGUCCACCAGCCAGGAGCAACCCGACCAAGCCGCGGACUCGCGCGACACCGCCGAGGACGCCUGGCUGGCUGCUCCAGGUCUACCGUUGGAGGAGUUACCGUAG